UGAUUCAAGAUCCAGGUGCUGGAAUGUCACAUGCGUUUCUGCAUGAACACAGGUGGUUUGAUGGACGGAUGAUUCUUCUGCUUCCACGGGGUGUGAUUCAAUGCUUAAAGUUGCUACAGCUCAUGAUUAUUUCAUUCAAACAUACACAAGGUGUAAAAGAAGACAUAUUUUCUUUUGGUGAAACCACUGUAACACACCAGUAUUGGAUUUAUUAACCUGCUGUGCGUUGCUUUGUUUACUUUAAUCUUGUAAAUUCCCAAGCGUUUACCACCUUCCCAUGAGAACCUGAAGCUUCUAUAAUCAGCCUUAAUACCUUUUAGAGACUGGAUGAUCCACGAUGAGACCUGAACCUCCAGGUGUUUACACACCUCCCACUCAAACCGAAUUAAACUUUCUUAGCUUAAGCUAGAUUUUUAAGCCCAAAACAGAAGGAACUCGACAGACAUGCCUUCACAGGUCUCCCUGCUGAGACGCAGCAUUUCCAGCUCAUGUGGUGUGGGUGGCGUCAUGUGAGGCCUCCUUACCCAGACUGCUGCUAUGAUUUUAUUGCAGCGUUGAUUAAGCACAUGUGACUAACUGCAAGCCCGUGUUGGCAACGGGUGAGCGGCUGGCAGAAAGCAGAGGUCCUCCAGAGCUGCGAAUUGUAACGGGUUCACGAGGCAAGAACCGUUCAGUGGGAAUUUGCUUCUUCUGGCCGUGUGGGGAAAAGUUGGCCCGACUCACCUCAUUUCACACAUUAACUGUUGUGUUUGCGUAGAAGAGACAUUUUCAUUCUGCAGGCGGUCUCCACUACAUCACGGAGGAAAAAUGCUAUAACCCCACUUUGCUUCCCACAGAACACCCAGCCAAGCUGACUUGGAGCGAGGGGGAAAUAUUGGGGUCUUUUAAAUGCAAAACAUUUUGUGGAGGGAAAUGGAAAUAUCACCGUUUCUCUGACACGAGGAGGAAAGCACAUCAAGCCUUAUCCUUGAGAAUAGCUUGGACCCCGUCCUUUUUCUUCCCUCAGACUGUUUUUCCAGGGAAUGGGGUUGGGGGAGAAAUGGAAAGAGACAGGGUUAGGAUUCGUUUUGUGAUGGAUGCCAACACAAACUGGGAAGCCAUGUUUUAACUUCCCAUUUAAAGGGGCUGCUGCAUUAAAUAGGCCCAUUUACACAUUUAGCAUUCACAUUUCUAUUGUUGAUAUGUCAGAGUUGAGAAACUAGUGAGAAGAAAUUUUAAAAACAAUAUAACAGUGGUACUUUUUCCAGAUUCAAAGUGAGCAGAGCGGCUGUGAUGCUCCAGCAUUUCUUGUGUGGUCCUUUGUAUUCUGCCUCUUCUCUCUCCACUCCUUCUCUUACUCCUCCUCUAAUAUUCUCUCUUCCCUCUUUUGUGGCUCUAAGCCUAUGAGCUGGCGUGGGCCCUUCCCUACUACACACCCAGCGGGGCUUUAAAAAGGCAGGACUGGAGGUCUUAGCAGCCGUACACACUUUGUGCCUGCACAGUGCUUCUGCGCGACUGCCUUGCUGUGCUGUGCUGUGCUGUGCUGUGCUGCUCUGGCCUGCCGUGUCUCUCCCUCCAGCCUUGGGGUUGCUUGGAUUACAGAUGCAGAUGCACCACUGCAGGGUCCCCAGUCUCCCGCUCAUCCUUCUGGGCCCCAUGGUGCUGGCUGUGGGCUGCCUUGCUAUGGACAGCCAAGCAGCGCUGUACGAACUCGAGAGGGCUCCAGCGUAUUGGGACGCUCAGGCGAGGGCAACCCUAGAUGCUGCCCUGAAACUCCAUCCGCGAAAGUACCAGGCCAAGAACAUCAUCCUGUUCCUCGGUGACGGGAUGGGUGUGUCCACGGUGUCGGCUGCUCGCAUCCUGCGUGGUCAGAUGGAGGGGAUGUCAGGGGAGGAGACGAUGUUGGCCAUGGACACCUUCCCAUUUGUGGCCCUGUCUAAGACCUACAGCGUGGACAAGCAGGUGGCAGACAGCGCCAGCACAGCGACCGCCUACCACUGUGGGGUGAAGGCCAACGCCAAGACCGUGGGGCUCAGCGCUAGCGCCGUGGCCUACGAGUGUAACACCACCUUCGGUAACGAGGUCUACUCGGUGCUACGGCGAGCCAAGGCGCAAGGUAAAUCCGUGGGCAUAGUAACCACCACCCGCGUCCAGCACGCCUCCCCUGCCGCGGCCUACGCCCACUCAGUCAGCCGCAGCUGGUACAGUGACACGGAUCUGCCCUCCAGCGCUCGCCAACAGGGCUGCGUCGACAUCGCCACCCAGCUGGUCACCAACUUUGACAUUGAUGUCAUUCUGGGGGGAGGAAGGAUGUACAUGACACCAAGAGGGACUCCAGACCCCGAGUACCCGACCUCCAGCUCUCGUAAGGGGGACCGCAAAGACAGGAAGAACCUGAUUGACGUGUGGCUCAAGGCGAAGCCUAAAAAAAAGUCACACUAUGUUUGGCACAAGAAGGACUUUGAUGACGUUAAUGUUAAAACUACUGACCGACUCAUGGGGCUGUUUGAGCCAAAGGACAUGCGAUUUGAGAUUUUCCGGAACAACACACGAGACCCCUCCAUUGUGGAGAUGACAGAGAAGGCCAUUCAAAUUCUCAGCAAGAAUCCCAAAGGUUUCUUCCUGUUUGUGGAAGGUGGGAGAAUUGAUCACGGUCACCACGACGGCAUCGCCAAGCUGGCCCUGACAGAGGUUGUCAUGUUCGACCAAGCUAUACAGCGUGCUGCGGAGCUGACCAGAGAGGCGGACACGCUGACUGUGGUGACUGCAGACCACUCGCAUGUCUUCACCUUUGGCGGUAACACACCCCGAGGGAAUCCAAUCUUUGGUCUGGCACCAAAGAAAGCUGACGACAAAAUGCCUUUCACCAGCAUCCUAUACGCGAAUGGUCCUGGUUAUGUCCACAUAAAUGGAAGCAGAGAGAACAUUACAAUGGUGGAUUACUAUGAUGAGGAGUACAUGCAGCAGGCUGCGGUUCCUCUAGAUGCUGAGACACACGGCGGGGAGGACGUGGCUAUUUAUGCCAAAGGCCCCAUGGCUCACCUUUUCCACGGGGUGAAGGAGCAGAACUACGUGGCACACGUGAUGGCCUAUGCAGCCUGUCUGGAGCCCUACAAGAACUGCCCUCCUCGUCCCCACAACAAUAACUCGGCUGGAUUUGUGGACUCACCAUCCAGAGUCCUGUUCGGCCUGCUGGGCCUGCUCUGGCUGCUCAGAUGACGCCACCUAAAACGCACACACCCUCACAUCAACAUGCACACUAAGACCUAGAGCACCAGCGGCACGGCAUGCACACCCCAGCGUAUGCAUACAGGUCAGGGAUGCAUUGCAGGGAUGUACACACAGAGUACUGUAUUUUAGCAGACUUCUAGUCACAUACUUCCAAGUGUGGUUUGCAUAACUUGCAGGCAUGAACAUGAAUUUAAUGGCAAAUUUACAAAGCGACAGGUCUUGCAGGCUACAGCACAAAUCUGCAAACACAGCCCCAUGUCAAACACUAGCAGCUAAUCAAAACAGCUGCGGAGCUGGCAGUGCUGACUUCAUCACUAACCUGUACUGGUGACAUGACUACUAACUUGCACUAACUAGUCUUUCAAUUUUAGACGUAAUUUUAUUUUGUCCAUUUCAAGGAACACAUUUACUAUCAGAGCUGUAAAACACCAAGACUUUAGGCAUUGAUCUGAGGUUUUUACCCAGAAUAACUUGAAACAAGACAAAUGAGAGCUGCCUGUUCAGCUCAUGGACCCUCUGACAGGGUUGGUCACUGUGUGGACUGCAUAACUGGACUUUAACCUGCACUACAAGGUAUUAAGUUAUGCUAAGCUGAAUACCAGCAGACAUUACACUCAUGAAGAUGCUGUACCUGAAAAAAAGUAGCAAAUGUAAGUUUGUAUUAUUAACUCAUUGGUUACAAAUAGAAAAUACACUACGUAAUCUGUUGGCUUGUAGAUGAAUGUAUUUUUUAAGCAAAUAUUUUAUUGUAUUUUUGUAGUGUGUUUUGGAAGUUUGACAUAAACAGCAAUGAAGAAAACCCCUUUUCAUAGCGAAUCCAGCUCUGGAGAGCUCAGUUUAAAUGUACAUGUUCAAAUAAAGACAAUCCAAGCACA